CGCUACAACGGCAACACAUCGGCGCUUUUACCGGUCUGUCUGAUUUCAUUUCAGUUAUGACUACGGAUUCUUGUGGAGGAGGACAAGUUUUUCGAAAGUUAACCCAAUUCAAUGGAAUAAUUCUGUAAAAUCACAUCUUGUGUCAUCGAUAAGUGUGUUUUAUUAACUUGGGGGUAAUCUUCAGAAGAUUAGCUACUGGACUGGGGAUGAAGCCAAAACUCGUCUCAGUUUUCCGUGUCUGCUCUGUCAGCUAGCUGGCUAACUAGCUAGCAAGGCUAUCCAUCCUAGCUAACUAUUUCCGACUCAGCUAACGUUUGCUUUUUUUUGUGAAGAGGGCCCAGCUUUACUAGCUAGCGUUACAUGUCUUUAGUUGCUUGUCUCGAAUUGAUUAUUUUUAUUUUUUUGUUGCCACGAAGUAGCGUUAUUCAAGAGUUGGUUGAACACCAGUCGAUUAUUCACCCGAAGAGGCCGCUCCGGCUUGAUUACAAGUUGUUAGCACGUUAGCUAGCUUUAUUAUUUUUUUUUUAGAUUUAUUUUUUAUAGCUAUAUCUGGGUAGUUGCCAGCAAACAGCCAAACUGCAGGGUUUUUGUAUAAGGCACAUUCAUCUCUACAUCCCGCUGCAAUACCCAUUUUAGAUUUAAGGGUUGUCUUUGCAGCAGUUUGAAACAUUUCAGCUUCGAGAUUAGAAAGAUUUGUUGCUGUUCAGGGCCCUGAAACUCAAUAUUAGCUUGCUAGUCUGCCUGAGUUGGGAGUGGCUAGGGGUUUGCAUUAGCUGGUUAGCGAGCUAGCUAACAAACAAGGUCAGAUGUUCUUAUAUCGCACCCGUCUAUAGUGCGUAGGAUAAACAAAACGUAAUGACACAAACUCUAUAGAAAAACAAUGUAUUAAUGACCUGUUAAACCACGGUCAGAUUGACAGCGGUUGUGUUUCAAUAGCCGUAUCAUCAGCAGGCGCAGGGAUAGGAAACCCCGCACUGGUCAAACAGUUUGUAUAAACUACCAAUCUGGAUUUAUCCGUUGCUGUGCUAAAGAUUGGGUGCCACACUAGCCUGCUCAAUAUAGCUUCUUUCCCUGUACAUUUUGAUGGACGUGAUUAGAUAUUUUCUAGACGGCUACUAUUGUUAUCGUCAUGCGAUUCUGGCUAGUCAGAGAUCUGACCUGUACAUAGUCGUGUUGAAUAACAUUCAGUGGACGUAAUGUAGCUCUGUGGAAAGAUAUCCCAAAAAUCUUUUUUUUUUUUUUUUUUUUGUGAUUUACCAGAGUGUUGGUUACGUUUCUCGUUGAAAAACGUAAAAAAUGAAUAUAAUGUUUGAUAGCUAGUUCGUGCUUUAACUCAAAAUAGAAUAGCCAGCCAGCGGAAUAGCUAGGCUAAAUUGAAUUAACAGCCGAUGAUUGAAGACUUAGAACGUUGUCAUUCUGGAUCAAGAAACCUUGUCUUUAGUCUCUGGUUGGAGUAACACUCCCAAGCCAUCAUCAAUGCCUUCAGCGCUGGCCGUUUUCUCCUGCCGUCCGAAUUCACACCCUUUUCAGGAACGUCAUGUCUACCUGGACGAGCCAGUCAAGAUCGGGCGCUCUGUGGCACGAUGCCGACCGGCUCAGAACAACGCUACGUUCGACUGCAAGGUUCUGUCACGGAACCAUGCCCUCCUCUGGUUCGAUCACAAGACUGGCAAGUUCUACCUCCAGGAUACUAAAAGCAGUAACGGGACGUUCAUCAACAGCCAGCGUCUGAGCCGGGGGUCUGAGGAAAGCCCCCCCUGCGAGGUCCUCUCUGGCGACACCAUCCAGUUUGGGGUUGACGUCACAGAGAACACGCGCAAAGUCACUCAUGGCUGCAUAGUGUCUACAAUCAAGCUGUUUCUACCUGACGGCAUGGAGGCUCGACGACGAUCAGAUGUCAUCCAAGCACCGUUACCACUUCCUGUUGAUAAGGUUGCAGCCAACACCCCCAGUAUGUACUCUCAGGAACUCUUCCAGCUCUCCCAGUAUCUGCAGGAGGCCCUACACAGGGAGCAGAUGUUGGAACAGAAGUUGGCAACGCUGCAACGCCUACUGGCCACCACACAGGAGGCUUCAGAGAGCAGCUGGCAGGCGUUGAUAGAUGAGGACCGGCUUCUCUCCAGACUAGAGGUGAUGGGCAACCAGCUACAGUCCUACUCUAAAAACCAAACCGAGGAUGGGAUGCGUAACGAGCUGGUAGCCCUGCAGGAAGACAAACACAACUAUGAGACCACGGCCAAAGAGUCCCUGAGGAAGGUCCUACAAGAGAAGAUAGAGGUGGUCAGGAAGCUGUCAGAGGUCGAGAGAUCUCUGAGUAACACGGAGGAUGAGUGUACUCAUCUGAAGGAGAUGAACGAGAGGAACCAGGAGGAGCUCAGAGAACUGGCUAAUAAAUACAACGGGGCCAUCAACGAGAUCAAGGACCUCACUGACAAGAUAAAGCUGGCAGAGGGUCGUCAGGAGGAGUUGACUCAGAGGGGUCAGAUGGAGAAGAAGGAACUGCAGCUUUGUAUUGAUGAGCUGGAGGAGAAGGAACAGGCUCUACAGGCCCGUAUCGAGGCCUUACAGGCUGAUAAUGACUUCACUAAUGAACGCCUCACUGCCCUGCAAGUUCGGUUAGAACAGCUUCAGGAGAAAAGCAUAAAGGACAACAACAGUUUAGGAGAUCCACCAGGAGACAAUGACGUAGACGUUGACAUCGACCUGAACCAACAGGAAGCCGUGAAACAGUUGAAAGAAGCAGUGGGCUCGUCGUUGCACAAGCUGGCCAACUUUGACGAGGUCAUAGAUGCCCACCUGCAGAACAACCAGACAGCAGAAGGAGACAGCCUUACCAGUCCUGACAGACUCAAAGUAGAAAACCUAGUGGAUACUAAGGAGUCGGACAUGUCAGAUACACUAAGUCCCAGCAAAGAUCGCAGCAGUGACGACACGUCAGACGGAAACAUGGAUGAUCAUGAGCUGAACGAGCCACAGAACAGGGUCGCCCUGCUCAAAGAUGAGCUCAGUCGCGCCAACCUGGAGCCCGGGGACACAGAGCAGGUGAUUAACCACCUCCACAGAGAGCUGCUGGAGGCCCAGGAGUUGGCCAACACAGGCAAGCAGAAGUGUCUGGAGCUCCAGGCCUUACUGGAGGAGGAGAGGAGGAGUAACAGGCAGCAGACUGAGGAGUCAGCCAAGCAGAUCCAGUACCUACAGAGUCAGUUGGGGAAGCUAGCGGUAGACAUGGAGGAGCUGAAGGAGCAGAGAGAGAGCAGCAUCAGCAGCACACAGGAGGAGCUGUACUCUGCUCAGGAGGAGGUGCUAGUUCUCCACCACGCCAUGGAGGCCGCCACGGCCGAGAGGGAGCGAGACAUCGCCGCCCUGCAGAGGGACCUGGGAGGUGUCACGGCCGAGCUGGAGAAGUGGCGUCAGGCUGCGUCGAAAUACGAACAGGAGAUCAACUCCCUGCAGGCCACCUUCCAACAGCAGAGCCUGCACCAGCAGAGAGCCCUCGAGCUACAAGGAGAGUUGGAGCGUCUUCAGAAGGGCUGUUCCAGUCUGCAGCAGGAGUGUGAGUGUCUCCGUUCUGAGAAGAUGACCCUGGUGAACAGACUACACGGACUGGAGACGGACCUGGACAGUUCCAGGGAGCAGACUGCCAGUCUGAACAGCAGUCUUGAGUUACUGGAGAAAUCCCAGGGAGAGAUGCAGAGUAGACUGGGCUCACUGCAGGACCAACACCUCCAGGACGCUAACAAGCUGCAGUCACAGCUGGCCCAGGCUGCUAGCAGGACACAGAGCCUGCAGAGAGAGUAUGAGGACACCCAGACCUUGCUAUCUGACCUGCGGCAGCGUUAUGACAGGACAGAGCAGGAGAAACGCUCCAUCAACGAGGAGCUGGAACAGUGUAAAUUCAACCUCAAACUGCUGCAGGACAAGGGCAAGAAUCCAUCCAUAUUGCAGCCUGUCCAAGCCAUUUUCAUCAGCCUUAUCCUGGCCUUGCUGUAUUGGUGCUUCAGCCAGUUGUGGUAGAAAGAUUGGUUGGAGCCCCUGGAUACCAGUGGUAGCAGUGAUGGUAGCAGUGACAGCAGUGGUGCUUUACCACAACUCCAAGAGCACCUCGAACUGAGGAGGCAGCGACCUAUAUAACCACACAUCCUGUACCACCUCUACCUGUCUACCAGGCCUGCCCUGGCCUCCACUCCUCCCUCCACACCCCAACCUCCUGCCCACCUUGCCCUCCCUCAACACCCCAACCUCCCGCCCUUAUAGCCUCCUGAUCGAUCCUCCAGGGCUGCUACCCCUUUGUCUCCUUGAUUGAUAGAUGUAUUAAUUCAUUAAUUGAUUACCUCCCGUCUGGUCUAGUAGUUCCCCCACAUAAAGGCCCUCUGCUUUAAACUGUACAAAGUCAAACUGUAUAUAUAUAUAUAUAUAGAGAGAGAGAGAAAACGAGAGGAAAGAUGAAUACAAUUAGUCAUUUCUACCAUAGAUUAAAUACUAUAUCAGCAGUUAUUGUUUUCUGUAAUCAGUUGGAUGAUGGGAAUAUUGGUCAUUGUAUUAUUAUCAUUAAAGUGGCCUAAACUAGGCUUUGUUUUAGUUCUGAUGGGUACCAAACCUUUCUUAAUUUCUUUGGGCUCCAGGUUGUUUUAGAGGAGUUGACUUCCUGUGUGGUUGGUUUACCAUGUUGGGUUGUUCAUGUGCUAUUACAAAUAUGGGUUUAAUAUUGAAGCCAAAAUCAUCAAAGUGAUUAUUUGUUAGGUUACGUCCCUAAUGGUCGAAGCAGCAUACUUAUCCCUGUAUGUUGCCCUGGGCAAAGGUACUGCACUAUAUAGGGAAUAGGGUGCUGUUUUGGGAACGUCCGGCCUUCAUGAGGCACAAGGGGUUGUUAAGUGCCUAUUGAAACUAACAGAGGAGUCGGAUUGAACUUUCUAGAAGCCAUUUCUAAACAACUAAGUUAUUGAAACCCAUCUGGUGUGUGUAGGUAACUGGGUUUAUACCGACAUGUAUCUCUGCUGAACUAUUCCGUCUUGUUUUAUUUGUGUAUUGUAACAAAAAAUAAUAAUAAUAACUAUGGACAAAAUAUUCAUCAUGUUUAAAACAACACUACAGAACUUGUUAUUCGGAUGUGAUACUAGAUGAGUUUUGGUAACUUUGGAGAUAUGUUGACUUGAACACAGUUUAUUUGGCCUCUGGUUUUAGCCACAAGAAGACAUUAUGGGCACAACCCCUUCAGUUGAUCAUGUUGUUAAAGGCUGUAGUGGAUUGGACCAGUAAGUAGUCUGUCUCUAAACUCUAGCCUGCUAACUCUGGGUUCUUGGUCCAUGUGCAGAUGGUAACCUACCCAGGGCAAACUCCGAACCUUAUACGGUAUGACGUGAUUAAUCUGUUGUAAAAAAAAAUACAAAUAAAACGUUUAAUAUGGGCUAUGAUGGGACCAGAGUUUUUCCAUCGGGUCAAAUGGGUUGAAGAACAACUCCUGGCCUUGGGAGUAUGAAAAUCUGUCAAACUGUAGCAACCUUGUAGUUGUUCGUAUGAAUUAUAUUUUAAAGAAGGGGGGAGGUUCCUACUGUGUACACAGAGAAGGUAACAUGAUUGGACGAUAAAACUCACAUAGGGCUGAGCUUGCUAUAUGCAGGUUUGCAUCGUGUGGUCUUUCCCUAUGCAACUGUAAGCGUAAUGAAAAUGUACCUCAGUCUUGUCAGCUUUUGUUUAUAUUGAUUCAUUCCAGUCUAGGUAGCCUAGUCAGCCCAAGUUUGAAUGUAAACCCAAUUUGAUCCCAUUCACAUGUUCUCAGAAACCAAACGGGCUAUAAAUACAGAAUGUUACUGCAUCAUCUACCCUGGCCAGAGGGACUGGGCACAGUAGGCUAGACUGCAGCUGUCCGUAACCAACAGUUGAUCAGACUGAGAUCGCUAAUGUCAGAUCGCUGGUGUUUAGGCUACUACAUUUAUGGAAGUGUUUUGUUUUUUGUUUUUUGUUGCUUGUGUCUGUCGAGAGUGAUGUGUUAUCAUGCUUGCUAAAUAAAUACUGGAGGAAAGUGGAAAGCACACCUUGAGCUUUGUGCCUGGCCUGCACUUCCUGCGAUUUCCGUGAAUCUGAUUGGUGAAGACACGCAAAGAGCCUGCAGCAGCACUCCGAUGUGAAGGACAGACAUUUUGUUUUGUACAAUUUGACAAAUCGAUCUAAAACUUUUAUCAAACUAUAUCCAAAGUGGUGUUAAGAGUAAAAUGUGGUGCCUCACCUGAUUUGAAAAGGAUGUGCCCUCAUGUUUACCCAUGUCUAUGGUUCUAGUCCCAGACCCUGCCCAUAUGGUUCUAGUCCCUCUGUAUUUUAUGGGUUCUAGUCCCAAACCCUGCCCAUGACUAUGGUUCUAGUCCCAGACCCUGCCCAUAUGGUUCUAGUCCCUCUGUAUUUUAUGGGUUCUAGUCCCAAACCCUGCCCACGUCUAUGGUUCUAGUCCCAGACCCUGCCCAUAUGGUUCUAGUCCCUCUGUAUUUUAUAGGUUCUAGCCCAAACCCUGCCCAUGUCUAUGGUUUUUGUCCCAAACCCUGCCCAUGUCUAUGGUUCUAGUCCCAGACCCUGCCCAUGUCUAUGGUUCUAGUCCCAGACCCUGCCCAUGUCUAUGGUUCUAGUCCCAGACCCUGCCCAUGUCUAUGGUUCUAGUCCCAGACCCAGCCCAUGUCUAUGGUUCUAGUCCCUCUGUAUUUUAUGGGUUCUAGUCCCAAACCCUGUCCAUGUCGAUGGUUCUAGGCCCUCUCUACUUUAUGGGCCCAAGCGCACAGUAUGUUUUGGGUUCUAGUCCCCAGACUGUUCUCUGUACUUUAUGGGUUCUAGUCCCAUACCAGUAUGUUAAUGGUUGUAUUCCCAGCCAGCCAGAAAGACCUCUGUACCACAGAUCACUACUCCAAAGUCACCUGAGGAUGAAUCUGCUGCCUUACCUGUCUGUGACAUGGAGUUCCCCGUCUCUCACCUCCAGACUGAAUCUGGAGCAGAAAGCUAUGAACAUGUCAGACUGGUUGGUUUGGCAUUAUUUGUUAUCCUACCACUAAGCACAGUGAUGUUCACUACCAGUCCAGUGUGGUUUAUGAAGAGGUUGAAAGGUCAGAGGUUAACCUGGGUGUUGUGUUUUGAGACUGGAUCAAUGUGAAUCAGGGAAACAAUCAACAUGAAGAAAUAAUUAAAGUUUAAGGAUUUACUUUUGUGUGUGUUUGAUGCCUAGUCUGGUUAAAACAGACAGAAUGCUGGCAUCACCAUUAAGCUCCCCGAUUCAGUGUGGCUAUACCAGGAUCAUACAGAGUUUACUGGCUUUGCAAAGCAGCUAUUCAUCCUAUUUCACUGUGUCAGUACAUGUCAAUGCCCCCGAUUUAAACCCUAUCCUGUGACACCACCACCUGAGCACAGGACUGGACCAUACAGGAGACACCAGGAAGGAGGUUAAAAUCAGUCCAGCCAGCCAGCGGGACACCUUGAACUACAACCGUGUUACUCACACAUCACACAGUGACUGUGUUUCACAUCACAAGGCCUCGCAUCGAUCAUCAUCUGAAGGACACAAUAACAAUUCCCUUUUUCCACGCUUUCCAAAUGUGCUGUUUAUCGCUAGAAUGUGUCAAAUAAGAAUGCAGUCUCAUGUCACCCACAGUAUGUGUUUUGGAUACACAGUGAGCUCCAAAAGCAGUGGAACACUUUUUGUUGUUUUGGUUCUGUGCUCCGGCACUUUAGAUUUUAAAUGAUACAAUGACUACGAGGUCAAAGUGCAGACUGUGAGCUUUAAUAUGAAGGUAUUUUCAUCCAUAUCGGGUGAACCGUUUAGAAGUUACAGCAGUUUUUGUACAUAUCCCUCAUUUUAGGGGACCAAAAGUAUUGGGAAAAUUUCACUGUGUAUUAAAGUAGUCAACUUUAGUGUUUGGUCCCAUAUUCAUAGCAGAUACUGAUUACAUCAAGCUUGUGACUCUACACACUCAUUGGAUGCAUUUGCUGUUUGUUUUGGUUGUGUUCCUGAUUUAUUUUGUGCCUGAUAGAAAUGAAUGGUAAAUAAUGUGUUGUGUCAUUGGAUUCACUUUUAUUGUAAUUAGGAAUAUAAUUUCUUAAUCCAUACUAAUACAUUCAUGUGGACGCUACCAUGAUUUAGGAUAAUCCUGAAUGAAUUCUGAAUGAGAGAAAUGUUGAGGCACAAAUACAGCCCCAAGACAUGCUAACCUCUCAACGAACCGCAAAUUCAUCCAUCCACUAUGUAGCAUCACCAGCUUGAUGUCGUCGUUGCCUGCUAGGAAUAUGGGACCAAUUACUACCUUCUGACUGCGUUAUUACACACAAGUGAGAUUGUCCCAAUACUUUUAUUCCCCCCUUUUAGGGGACCACGUCCAAAAAGUGAAGUCAUUUCUGUUAAUCUGAAUUAAAUGAAAAUACCCACAAAUUAAAGCUGACAGUCUACACUUUGACCUCAGUCAUUGUAUCUUUUCAAAGUGUGCUGGAGUUUGAGCCAAAACAACAAAAUGUGUGACUGCUUUUUUUUUGUGGUUCACUGUGUGUUUGUGUAAAUAUGCAUUCUCGAGAACACAAAAUAAAAGUUGAUACUAAGUGAUAUUGGUCACAUCAUCCAA